CUCUUUGGAAGUUAUUGAAUUUCAUAUUGAAAACCAUUUUGCAAUAGAUUAGCAAGUAAGCUAGAAUUUGUCUUUCGGACGUGUUUUGAAAUCAUUCAAUUGCAUUACAUUUGCUGUGUUAAUUUCUUCGGAGAUAUUAGGAAUAUCAGUUCUUUUGAGAACGCAGUCACUGUUGACCUGCCCAUUAGAGACUCUCAGAUAACAUCAAAUCAUCCAUCAUGUCUGGAUCAGUUGACCAGAAGAUGUUGACUCGUUACAUUGAGUUGGAGAAGGAGGUCCAGCAGCUGGAGGUUCAAGGUGUCCUCAAGAACUAUGAUGUUAAGAGGAAAGCUGCGGAUGAUGUGGCUGAGACUAUCAAGUCUGUCGAGAUCACAGUAAAACAGUUAGAAGAACAAACGAAGAAGGAGAAGGAUGAUGUCGACAGAACUGUUAAAAACAAAUCACUCAAGGAAUAUUUCAAAGAUGACGUACAUUAUCAGAGCGAGCUGAACAGAGAGCAGGAAGAAUAUCUGGAGGCUAAAAACAAGGAAGAGGUUGCCAAGCAACAGCUGCUCGACCUGAAGAACCAACAUGCAGGCUUGACAGGCGAGGCCGCCUCUAUCAAGGGACCUGCAGAUCAGCUCAAGAGUAAAUAUGAAGAGAGGGACAAACUGCUCUCUGAUAUAUUUGGUGGAGAAUACGGCAGUGACCUUGAAAACAAGCUGGAAGCCAUGUACGAUACCCUGAUGGACCAAAAACAGCGUGUGAGCGUGGCGAACUACAAAUGGACAAACGCACGCAUCCUCCUGUAUCAUGCUGUCAACCAGCUUUCCCAUGCUGUACAACGGUGGAAACAGAUUAUGACUGUUGGCGACGAUAAUAAUCUCAAGUACCUAAUGGCAACAGAAGCCAGAAAUAACAAUGUUGCCGCUGUGCAGAAUCUUGAGGCUUGCGCUCGCUAUUUGGGCACUUCAAUUGAGUUCCCAUAUUGCAAACCACAAGAAUUGCAAACUUUGACCCUUGCCACUCAAAAUAUCUACAUUGACAUGCAGGAUGCCAAUCGUCACCAGCAUGCCACCAUGUGUUAUGACACCACCUGGCGCCGUGCAUCGGCCCUCCUGCAGUGGUUCGACAAUGUUAUUGCCAACACAAUCCAGAAAGAUCUUAUGAAAGUCACGGAGGAAGGAAGGAAGGUCGAGAAAGAUCUACGAGCAGAGAGAAUCCGUCUCAUUCGUGAGAAAAUCAAGGAAAGUGGGGGCGAUGUGUCUACUCUCAAUGAAGCAGGUCUCAAAGGAUUGACAGAUGGUUUCUCCCAUAUGGACCAGACGCAGAUGUCUGAGGAGGACAUGGACCUCCAUGGUAUCGGAGUCACCAAGCCGGCCCCGCUUGAUGAUGGAGGAAAUCUCCCUGACGCUCCACAGAUGAAUAAUGACCGACCAGCCCCGGCUCCAACACCGCUCCCUCUGAGUGAGCUGGCCAAAAUGCCCACAGAGAGUGACCUGUUUGGUGACAUUUCCCUCCUGAAAGAACAAUACGUCAAAAACACCGAGGAAUACCUUAAAGCCCAAGACAUGAACAAAGCCCGCGUGUCUGCUGGUCUUCAUGACAAGAUUGAGCAGAGAAAGCAGAGGAGACGACACAAACAACAGGCGUAAAGGGAGAUAACUUGUGUGUAAAGGCACAGGAGAAUGUCUCCAGACUUGACUUGUCAGGUUUUAAAGGGAAUUAACUCUCUUUCCUAAGAGACUUCAGACUUUCUAAAGGAUUUACUAACUUUUCUAUUGGACUUGUUACUUUUAAAGGGAAUUAACUCUCUUUCCUAAGAGACUUCAGACUUUCUAAAGGAUUCAUUCACUUUCCAUUGGACUAAAUAAUUUUAAAGGGAACUAACUUUUAAUGAUUAAUGAAAUAUUUAUUAAUGAUUAAUAAAAUAUUUAUUCUCAGUCAUUUAUUUUGAAACAUGUGUAUAAAAUUGUAUAUAUAAUAUUCUCUGACACUCACGUUGAGUGUUAAGUUGUUUGUGUGUGAUAAUCUAUCUUUUUACAUCUAUAUGUCGAAUCACAUGGACAAUGCAUAAAACACUUUCUCGAUGAAAGAUCACACGAUACACAAUAUUUCUCUUUCUACGAGCCCACUCAUAUUGUAUUAGGCAAGUUGAGGGCUUGUGAACUUUUAGAGCCUUUACCCAUGAUGGAUUGUUUUUUUUGCUCAUGUUGAUGUCACGAUGUCUUAUUGCUCAUUGUAUUAUACUGGUAUCAUUCCGUCCUGUUAACCCAUGAUAAUUUUGUUUAUACAUUUUGUUACCAUUAGUUUGUGUAUUUCACCUGUCCUUAUAUUUUGUAUUUUGUAACAAAUUAUGUAUACGCAUUAUAGAGCUGAAGACAAGAUACACUAAUACACGAUACACUAAUAUAAGACACAAUAAUACAAGAUACACUUAUAAAAGAUACACUUACUAAAACAAGAUACAAAAAUACAAGAUACACUUCUACAAUAUGCAACAAUAGAAGCUAAAACACUAAAAUCUAGAUUAAUCUGAACUGUAUUUUUGUCUUCAGCUUUACACAAUUUGUGAAAGUAAUCAGUAUUUGGCACAUUUUUUUCAGGUACAUUUUCUUUCAUCUUUGACAAUAACAUUAUUGACUAGAACAGUUUGCAAGAUGAAACAGUGGUUUGUAAAUUAUUGUUUGAUAGUGUUGUAUAAUUCAUUUCUGUGUGAUUUUCUUGUGUUUUUUUGGUUUAAAAAUAGUUGUUUUUGAACUCCUCAAAUGUUACAGUUUCAUCUGUUAAUGUUUGAUCCAAUUAUUGGACAUAGUGCGUAAGGAAUAUUAUGAAGUUGAUUGAUCUUUGUUGUUGUUGUUUUCUGCAUUGCUUGCCUAAGUCCAUAUCGCACGAGACUAUACAAGAAGUGCUUACACCAAAUUUUACUGUAGAUCAUACUUAGGAAGGUGAAAUGGUGAAUCAAAUCGGGUUUAGACUCUUAAUACUAUGUUUAUUACAAUGAGAAAAAACAAAUCUCAAACAAUUUAUCUAAGUCCAUUAAUAUGAUCAAUGGCAAUAAAUGGAAUCGUAUUCUGGGGAGAAUGACUCUGUACUGUUGUAAAAUUCGGUAUGUUGUUUAAUAAUUGAUUUAUUUUCUUAAAACCAUCAAGUCAUUUUAACAUGUUUAAUAAAUAUUUUGGGCAUAGCUCUUUAUCAGCAUUUAACAUGUUAAAAGUAUCACAAAAUGACAUGCUUCCCAAGGAUAGAUUAUGAUGGAUUUGUUUAAUCUUUUUGUUUGUCUGCGAAAAAAAUUAUGAAAUGUAAUCAUUUUGUAUAAGUUGUCAUGAAAUAUGUAAUUCAAUUGACAUACCAAUCAAUGAAGAAGUUGUCAUAUUUUUCUGGUGCGAUUACACAAUCCUGAUAAAUGUUCAAGUGCAGGGUUGAUAAACGCCUGUAAAAUUCCAAUCUUGCCUAUCCUGGAUUUAGUUAAGUAUGAGAAAUUCAGGCCAGAUACAGUGUUAUACCUUAUGGAAACUGUUUUCAAAGCAAUGUCAAGGUCUUAUCACUUUUUUAAUUCAAAUGUCCAGCAACAAAAAACGUCCAGCAACAAAAAACAUAUAACCAAAUAAAUAUAUGCUAGACUGGAAGCUUACCAGCCUGAUUUCAGUAUCAAUUCUGAGUUUUAUCUUCCCUUCAGCGGCUAUUGCUCGAAAUUUGCUAAAAAUAUCGUUAAUCAAUCUGAACACUCCAAAUUGUUACAGGUCAUAAAAGUUAUUACUUUUAAUUUAGCUAAGUGUCUCUUCAUGUAGAAAUCUCUCAAAACUAUAAUAAAAGUGUCAAUCAUUUA